UUGUUCACAACAGACGAAUUUCGCGAUUAUUCCUUGCUUUAUUUUUUUAGAGCAUGCUUAUGUUUGUUUCCAUAAAAUUUCAAUAAUAAAUUAUUUAAAUUGGCGCAAUGGACGAAUAGCUAUACGCUAAAAUGAAGUUUUUGUUAGUGGUGUUAUUUUUAUUUGGUUCAUACGGACAUGAGCCUAUUGUGAAAAAUAAUAAGGAAAGUACAGAAAUAUCAAGGGCUCUUGAUGACCGGCCUUUGCUUUUUGCGACAUUGGGAGGCGGCAUGGUGGCUGUCGAACCUCUAUCUGGAAAUAUAAUUUGGAAACUUAAAGACGAGCCUGCGGUGAAGGUUCCGAAUCAACAUGCUAAUUUAAUGCCCCAAUUUCUACCUGAUCCUCGUCAUGGCUCCCUGUAUAUGUAUGGUCCAAGGGGGGAUAAGCAAAUGCUAAAGAAGUUACCAUUUACGAUACCAGAAUUGGUGGCGAAUGCUCCAUGCCGAUCCACAGAUGGCAUUUUGUAUACAGGAAAGAAAAGUGAUACUUGGUUCAUGUUGGAUCCCUUGACUGGUUCGAGGGAACGUAUUUCAGGGUUCGAUAAGUCGAAAAUCUUUAAAGACGAGGACGAAGAGGACACUUGCGAUCUCGACAAGAAACGCAGCGUGUACGUCGCUCGCACAGAAUACAAUAUUCUGAUGCACGAUUCUAAGAAUGAAAACCACAAAUGGAACGUUACAUUUUUUGAUUAUACCUCCCAUGAUAUGGGAAAAGAGAUGCUGAAUGAUUAUGGUAUAAUACACUUCACAUCAACAUCAAAUGGACGGAUUAUGUCGUUUAACCGUAAGACCGGUGACCUAGUGUGGUCACAUAACUUCGAAACACCAGUGAUAGCUGCCUAUUUACUGGAUAGAGAUGGACUUAUAUCUGUACCCUUUAAUUCCAUUGGAGAUGAUACAAUGGAUCAUAUCAUGGAAGACGCUACUACGUUGAGGAACGGGCAAGGGAUUAAGAACUCUAAUAUUGAGUUAUAUCCUACAUUAUACAUCGGGGAGCAUAACCAUGGCCUCUACGCGCUAUCUUCCUUAGUAGACAAAAACACAGUAACAAUAUCCACAGGCUACACUCAACCAUUACUCCUCGAAGGACCGGUCACUGAAACCGAAUCUACUUCAGAAAAACCGGUCUACGAACCGUUUAAAAAUGUCCACUAUCAACUAAAUGAUAUAAACCUACAUGUCACUCCACCAUACCUUUUACUAGGGCAUUAUAAAGUGCCAGAACUAACUACUUCAUGGAUGCCACAACUGCCAAAUUCAAAUCUAAAUAAGUUACCAAUACGAAAUGCUGUUAAACUAAUCAAUGGGGAAGUAAGGACAGACGUUGAUAAAGAUGAAAAUGAAACGAACUUGAAGUCUAAUUCGAUAUCGGUGUCGGUGCAAACAGAAGAUUUGUUUACGGACUUCAGUUUGAGGCCGGAUUUCUGGUACAAACAGUUGCAGAUUUGGAUCAAUCAGCAGGAAAAUAAAGCGCUCAAAGUUGCGCUUAUUGUUCUGAUGGGAUUGGUCGUCACUAUGUUCUGGUACUUGCGGUUACAGGCUCGCGAAUUCCAACAACUCUCGCAAGGUGGAUCUCGAAGCUCCACAGCAUCCACAUCAUCCCAGGGCGAGGUGACGGGACAACUCGUUGAGUUGGGAGAUGGGGAAGUGCAAAUAGGCAAGAUUAGCUUUUAUACGGAUCAGAUAUUGGGCAAGGGGUGUGAGGGCACUUUUGUGUAUAGAGGUACAUUCGAUAAACGAGCAGUGGCCGUAAAACGGUUGCUACCAGAAUGUUUCACGUUCGCGGACCGCGAGGUGGCGCUGUUGCGUGAGUCGGAUGCGCAUGCGCAUGUAGUACGGUACUAUUGUACCGAACGGGAUAAACAGUUUAGGUAUAUAGCUUUGGAACUCUGUUCAGCGACGUUACAAGAUUAUGUUGAAAAUAAAUUGAAUUUUGAAUGUAAAAUUGAUGCUGUUGAGGUUUUGCGGCAGGCCGCUUUAGGAUUGUCUCACUUACAUUCAAUGGAUAUAGUACACAGAGAUAUAAAACCGCACAACGUGUUGCUAUCGAUGCCAUCUGGUACGGGCGAGGUCCGGGCCAUGAUAUCCGACUUCGGUUUGUCCAAAAAGCUUAACAUCGGUCGAGUAAGCUUCUCUAGAAGAUCUGGAGUCACUGGUACUGAUGGCUGGAUAGCACCAGAGAUGAUUAAUGGGGAAAGAACGACAACAUCCGUGGAUAUGUUCUCAUUGGGUUGCGUGUUUUAUUACGUACUUUCUAGAGGCCAGCAUCCUUUCGGUGAUGUGUUGAGGCGGCAGGCAAAUAUCAUCACCGGAGAGUACAAUUUAGAUUAUUUAGACAAAGUGUUACCAGAAGAAGAGGUGUUAUUAACAAAGAUUUUGAUCAGAUCAAUGAUCUCUGCUAAAGCAAGUGCGAGGCCGCCUUGCGAAACUGUACUUAGGUAUCCCAUAUUUUGGGGCAAGCAGAGUAUACUUAAUUUCUUACAGGAUGUAAGUGACCACGUGGAGAGUUGCAACGCGGGAGCCGACCAUCCCCUAGAGAAGGGAGCUAGAAGGGUUAUCAGAGGAGAUUGGCGAGCGCACGUGUGUCCAACAGUGGCCAAUGAUCUGCGGGCGCGACGCACGUACCGUGGCGAGCGGGUCGCGCACUUGCUGCGGGCGAUACGGAAUAAGAAACACCACUACAGAGAAUUAGAGCCGGAAGUGCGAGACAGUCUCGGGAAAGUUCCAGACGGUUUCGUCACAUACUGGCUCAGGAGGUUCCCCCUCCUCCUACCCCACGUGUGGUUACAAAUGCAGCAAUUCCGAAACGAGGACAUCAUGCAAGGAUACUUCCCCCACGCCUUCAUCUUCAACCGGGAUGACGUCACAGAACUUAACGACGACAACUACGUCAACGAAGAAGAUCUAGCAAUUAACGAACUCUUUGUCAAAAGUAAAAUCUACUACGAUGAGAAUGACCCAGAGAAAAGGUACAAAAGGGAUUCUCCCAAAAAAAGCGUGGACUGGCGAAGUGAAGAUAGAACGAGACAGAACGACGUCAGACCGAGAGAGCGAUACACAUACUAUAAGAAAAAGGAAAAGAAACAAGAAAUGCCCGUAUGGAGCUUGCCACCGCAGUGAAACACAAAUAUUUGUAAGUAAUUGUAAGUAUUUAUUUUUAUAGUUAAAAGUUACUUAAUUUAAAAUAAGACACUAAAAUUGGCCUCGCGUGAAAUAAAACAUAGAUUGUAGUUAUUAUUCCCGUUCCUGUAUAGUAAAAUAAUGGCUUUUGCCUACAGUGUGUUUUAACUCUUUAAUGUUGUAUCAAAAUUCAAUUGUAUUAGAAAAAAAAAACAUUUCACUGUAUAGGAAUGAGAUGGAUAAGAGGCUCAGAUUUUGUCAAUAACUAAAUUGAAUUUACAUAUUAGUGACAUUGUACUCAGAAGCUAAAGUAAUGAAAGUAUAGUAAAAGCAAUAUAAUAAUUCCGAUCUAAGAACUACGAAUAAAUAUUAUUGAUUUUUUGUAAUUAUAAACAAAAUAUAUUUUCCUUGUUUUUUACCAACAAGACAUAUACAGUACUAUUUUUAAUUAAGUGAAUGAUAGAUUAUUUCGAAUUUUUUAUAAAUAUUUAUUUCAAAAUUCAGUUUAGUUAUUGACAAAGAGACGAGGCUGUUAUUUGUAGUAUCUGCUUAUGUUUUAAGACAUUGAUUACGUAAGCGCACAUUUUAGAAGUAUGUACUUAGAACAAAUUGUGGAUAGAUUUUAAACAUAUAUCUUUGUAAAUUGUGAAUUUGAAUGCAUAUUACAGGACUUUUAAAUAGUAUUUUUAAUGAGAUUUUGGAUGAGUUUUGUGUAAAAAGUAUUCAUGUAAUGGAUUUAAAAUUAAAAGGGACCACAUUGUGUAUUCUUAGAAGUACUUUGUGUACAUUAUAUAACUAAAUUAUAAGAACUUAAGACAUUAUUGUAAAACUAUUAGCGUUAAAAGAUUUAUAAUUACAAUAGUAAUAUUAUAGUCAAAUUAAUUUAUUGAUAUCAUUAGAAACGCUAGAACGUUAAUUAAUGUAAACUAUAUGAUAAUAACAAAUUGAUCACGUCAAAGCAAAUUUAUUUUAUAUUAUGAGAGAAAUGCUUUUCUAACAAGCAAUAUGACAAGUGAAUACCUUUGUGGUAAAAGCGUAAGUGGGUGUUCUCUGACGAUUCGUGUGGAAAUUAAUUGUUCAAGUUAUUUUUGGUUAAGUAUAUAUUUUUUAUUUCCUCUCAAGCUCUAUUCAGAAUAUUUAUAAAUAGGAAUGUAAAAGCUUAAAAGCUCCUACAGUACAACAUUCCUACACAAGUCGAUAUUAAUAUACCAGUGGGAAAGCAAUUAUAGCUAGUCAAGAAUCACAUUCCUUUUGGAAAAAGUAUAUAAUAUAAAAGU